AUGAGCUCGCUCUCGUUUGUGGUAUCCUCUCUGGAUGCCAUAGCCACCUCCAAAGAGGCCCACAAGAACAAGCAACUCGCCGAAUUCGCCCAGGCCGCCAUCUCCGCGAUAAAAGAGACGGAUCCCCAGCUUCCCGAUCCCGAAAUCGUCUUCGCGCCCCUCCAGCUCGCCACCAAGUCCACGAGCCCCCAACUCACCACCACCGCUCUCGACUGCAUCGGCAAGCUCAUAUCUUACUCAGGGCGGAAAGACCCCCGCCGCCGGCAGGGCGCCCUGAUCGAGCGGGCCAUUGACACUAUAUGCGACUGCUUCCAGGGCGAGACCACCCCCGUCGACGUCCAGCUCCAAAUUGUCAAAUCCCUCCUCGCCGCCGUCCUCAAUGACAAGAUCGUCGUCCACGGCGCCGGCCUGCUCAAGGCCAUCCGCCAAAUCUACAACGUCUUCCUGCUCUCGCGGAACACGGCCAACCAGCAAAUCGCCCAGGGCACCCUCACCCAGAUGGUCGGCACCGUGUUCGAGAGGGUCAAAACCCGUCUACAGAUGAAGGAGGCCCGCAUGAGCCUUUCCAAGCUCAAGCUGCACUCCAGCAACACCACCUUUGAGCGGGCCGAGUCUCCCGACGACGAGGACGACGACACCGUGCGGGAUGGCGCUAGCGAAAAAGAUGACGAUGCCGACGAUGAUGCCGAAACCGAGGCCGAUGACAACGACGAGGAAGAUGGCGCUGACGUUGCUACCACAGCCGGAGAAGGCGAGACGAAGCUGACCCUCAAAGACCUCGAGCACCGCAAGAGCUUCGACGACACCCACAUGGGCGAGGGCCCCACAAUGGUCACCCAGCUCAAGACCAUGAAGCGGACCGCCCGCUCCGUGUCGGAGCAGUCCAUUGCCGAGUCCUCCGCCGAAGAGAGCCCAGAGGCGCUCGAUGCCGAAGACGAGGUCUACAUCCGGGAUGCCUAUCUCGUCUUCCGCGCCUUCUGUAACCUUGCCACCAAGGUCCUCCCGCCCGAUCAGCUUUACGAUGUCCGCGGCCAAGCCAUGCGCUCCAAGCUCGUUUCCAUCCACCUCAUCCACACCGUCCUCAAUAACCACAUCCAAGUCUUCAUCUCUCCCCUUUGCAGGAUCAAGAACUCCAAGAGCAGCGAGUUCACGAGCUUUCUCCAGGCUAUAAAAUACUACAUCUGCCUCACCAUCACCAGAAAUGGCGCCUGUGCUGUCGACAAAGUCUUUGACGUCACCGCCGAGCUCUUCUGGCUCAUGCUCAAGUUCAUGCGGGCCCCGUUCAAGAAAGAGAUCGAGGUCUUCCUCAACGAAAUCUACCUCGCCCUCUUAGCCCGCCGAACCGCGCCCAUCACCCAGAAGCUUUACGUAGUCAAUAUUCUCGGCCGCCUUUGCGCCGAUCCUCGUGCGCUCGUCGAGAUCUUCCUAAACUACGACUGCGACGGCAGCAUUACAAACAUCUAUCAAACAAUCAUUGAAGAUUUGUCCAAAUACUCCACCGCGCCCGUGUUGAUCACCACUCUUCACGAGCAGGCCUACGAGGAGAAGAGUGCAAGGGUCCCGUCCGCUGCCGAAUGGCAGGUAAAGACAAUUCUCCCUCCGCCCCUCACCGUCGCCGCGAUUGCUCCUCUUACCGAGUCCGAGCCUGAUAUUCCCCGCGAGUACACCUUGAAACGCGUUGCCCUGGAUGCUCUUGUUGAAGCGUUGAGGUCUCUGGUUACGUGGUCCGCCUCCGUCCGACCCGAUGCCUCGCGGACUCCUGGCGAUGCCGACAUUAGACAAUCCCUCGAAGAUAUCCGUGCGUCAAUUGAUCCUUCUAUCUACGCGUCUGACUCUCCUCAAACGGGUAUUAGCCACCCAGGCACUCCGGUGGUCGAGGAUGACCCGGAGCAGCUUGAGAAGAUCAAGGCUAGGAAGACGGCCAUGACCAAUGCGGUGAACCAGUUCAACUUCAAGCCAAAGAGAGGCAUCAAGGCCCUCAUCCAGGAGGGCUUCAUUCCCAGCGACAGCCCCGAAGAUAUCGCCAGGUUCCUCCUAGCCGACGAGCGUUUGGACAAGGCCCAGAUUGGCGAGUACCUAGGCGAAGGCGACCAGAAGAACAUUGAAAUCAUGCACGCCUUUGUCGAUCAGAUGGACUUCACAAAGAAGCGCUUUGUUGAUGCCCUCAGGCUGUUCCUUCAGUCCUUCCGACUCCCCGGCGAAGCCCAGAAAAUUGAUCGCUUCAUGUUGAAAUUCGCCAACCGAUACGUCAUGGGUAACCCCAAUGCCUUUGCAAACGCUGAUACCGCGUACGUCCUUUCGUACUCCGUCAUCAUGCUCAACACCGAUCUUCACAGCGGCAAGGUUGCGCGACGCAUGACCAAGGAGGACUUCAUCAAGAACAAUAGGGGCAUCAACGAUAACGCCGAUCUUCCUGAAGAGUACCUCAUCGCCAUCUACGAAGAAAUUCAGAAUAACGAGAUUGUCCUCAAGAGCGAGCGUGAAGCUGCCGCUGCUGCCGGCACUCUCCCCGUACAGGGUUCGGGGGCAUCGCUGCAGGUCUCGGACAGGCGCUCGCCAACGUCGGUCGCGAUCUCCCGAAGGAACGCGACCAAGAACGGCACGCGGUUCAUUCCCGCCACCUCCUUCCGCCAUGUCGGUUCCAUGUUUGACGUGACGUGGAUGUCGUACUUCUCGGCACUCUCGAGCCAGAUGCAAAAGACGCACAACCUUGAAGUCAAUAAGCUGUUGGCCUUUAUCAAUGCUAUUAAGAACACGACGAAUCUCAACAACCCCCACGAGAUCCACGCCAAGAAUGUCGAGGCCCUCAAGGUUCUCCUCGACUUGGGCCAGACUGAGGGCAAUGUUCUCAACGAAUCGUGGAAGGACAUCCUCAUGUGCAUCAGCCAGCUCGAUCGCCUACAGCUCAUCUCGGGCGGAGUUGACGAGAGCGCCGUGCCCGACGUAUCCCAGGCUCGCUUCCUGCCGCCCCCGAAGGAUAGCGAUGCUGCGUCGAUCCGGAGCAAGCGCCGUAGCCGGGCGAGGUCUGGAGUUUCGAACCGAUUCUCUACCGAGAUUGCGCUUGAAAGUCGGUCUGACGAAGUCAUCAAGAGUGUGGACCGCAUCUUUACCAAUACAGCCAACCUAUCAGGUGACGCCAUUGUCCACUUUGCCCGCGCGCUGACUGAACUUGCAAAGAUUGUUGAAAUCAGCUACUACAACAUGACGCGUGUGCGUUUCGAGUGGACGCAGAUUUGGGAUGUCUUGGGAGAGCACUUCAAUAAGGUGGGCUGCCACAACAACACAACCAUUGUCUUCUUCACGCUCGACUCGCUGCGACAGCUUUCGAUGCGGUUCAUGGAGAUUGAGGAGCUUCCUGGUUUCAAGUUCCAAAAGGACUUCCUGAAGCCGUUCGAACACGUGCUCUCCAACUCGCACAAUGUGGCCGUCAAGGACAUGGUUCUCCGGUGUCUGAUUCAGAUGAUCCUGGCUAAAGGUGACAACAUCCGAUCGGGCUGGCGGACUAUGUUUGGCGUGUUCACGGUGGCGGCUCGGGAACCUUACGAGAGCAUUGUCAGCCUCGCCUACGAGAACGUUAACCAGGUGUACAAGAGCAAGUUUGGCGUCGUUAUCUCACAAGGCGCCUUUACCGACCUCAUCGUGUGUCUGACGGAAUUCUCCAAGAAUAUGAGGUUCCAGAAGAAGAGCUUACAGGCACUCGAGGCUCUCAAAUCUAUCAUCCCGCGGUUGCUCAAGACCCCCGAGUGUCCGUUGUCUCGUAAUUUCGAUAGCCUAGCCGCCAAUGCCGAGGUGGCACUCAAGUCACCGUCGAUGCAGCUCCAGCAAGGCCGCACCUCGGUUGAGGAAGGGUAUUGGUUCCCCGUAUUAUUUGCGUUCCACGACAUCUUGAUGACUGGGGAGGAUCUGGAGGUACGAUCAAGCGCCCUCGAGUACUUUUUCGACACUCUUCAGAAGUACGGUGGCGACUUUGCGCCAGAGUUUUGGGAUAUUUUGUGGAGGCAACAGCUUGAGCCCAUUUUCAUGGUUCUCCGGUCGCGGCCGGAGCUGAAUAAUGCGCUGAACCACGAGGAGCUUUCGGUGUGGCUAUCGACAACGAUGAUUCAGGCUUUGCGCAACAUGAUUGGCCUCUUUACCCAUUUCUUUGGGGCCCUCGAAUACAUGCUGGACCGUAUCCUCAAGCUCUUGGCGCUGUGUAUCUGCCAGGAGAACGACACAAUUGCCCGUAUUGGUAGCAAUUGCUUGCAGCAGCUCAUCCUCAAGAACCGCACAACCGCCAAGGAGCUCUUCUUUGCCACGACCCUCGAUGCUGCGACAACACUGUCACCCGUGAGCAAUGGCCACAUCUUCCCCGGCGCGCUUAGCCCUGCGCGCGAGGACGUUGACUCAAAAUCACUCAAGAUCAACGGUGGCAAUGACGAGGCAUCAGAGGCUAGCAGCUCACCCGCACAGACGCCCAAAACGGCGAGGAGCACGCUCGCGGUAGAUGAGGAGAGUAGCGCGUCUGCAGUGGGCGCGUCUGUGUCCCAUGUUCCCCUGGAGGACUACAAGCCUUCGCCGGCUCUUCAGCAACAACCGGUCGUGGUUACGUCGGCCAGGAGGCGAUUCUUCAACCGCAUCAUCUCGCGCUGCGUGCUGCACCUUCUGAUGAUCGAGACCGUCAAUGAGCUUUUCAGCAAUGAGGCAGUAUAUGUACAGAUUCCAUCUAUUGAGCUGCUGCGCCUCAUGGCACUACUCAAGAAGUCGUACUUGUUCGCGCGGCGCUUCAACAACGACAAAGAGCUGCGCAUGCAGCUCUGGCGGCAAGGAUUCAUGGGUCAACCUCCCAACCUCCUCAAGCAAGAGUCGGGGAGCGCGGCCACGUACAUUUCCAUCUUGUUCCGCAUGUUUGCGGAUACGUCAGCCGAGCGUGAAGCCAGUCGAUCAGAUAUCGAGGCCGCCCUUGUUCCACUUUGCAAGGAUGUGAUUGGAAGCUACAUCACGCUAGAGGAGGAGAGCCAGCACCGCAACAUUGUUGCCUGGCGACCCGUGGUCGUUGACGUGCUCGAAGGCUUCGCAUCGUUUCCGGAGCCGGCAUUCCGCGAGAAUCUGCCCGGUUUCUACCCUCUUAUCAUUGAGCUCGUGACGAGAGAGCUCAACACGGAAUUGAGGACGGCGCUGCUUCUCGUGCUGAGGCGCGUGGGCGCGGUAGGGCUUGGUAUCAAGGACAUGAGCACCAAGAAGGAGAGGAGGGAGAGUGUCACUCUGGGAAGUGGUAACGGGAAUGGUGCAGAGGUCGAUGCAGCGGAGAGGAUGAGGAGACCUGUCUCGCGGGAUGCGUAA